GAUAGCAGUGUUUUCUGUGACCGUUUUGCAUGAUGAUCGAAUAGUGCUUGUGGCAGAGCAGCGCCCUGAUGCAUCAGAGGAGGAUAGUUUUCAGUGGAUGAGCAGGGUUCUACAGGCAAUUGAUAGCAUUCACCAAGUGGGCGUCUACUGUCUUGCCUUGGUGCCAGCCAACACUUUGCCAAAGGCUCCUCUCGGAGGAAUUCAUAUUUCAGAAACCAAGCAGCGCUUUUUAGAGGGUGCUCUGCACCCUUGUAAUGUCUUGAUGUGUCCACAUACUUGUGUUACUAAUCUGCCUAAGCCUCGACAGAAACAACCAGAUGUUGGUCCUGCUUCAAUGAUAGUAGGAAACCUUGUUGCUGGCAAGAGAAUUGCACAAGCCUCAGGGAGAGAUGUUACCCAGCUGGAGGAUAACGACCAGGCAAGAAAGUUCCUGUAUUUAGCAGAUGUUCUUCAGUGGCGAGCUCAGACAACUCCAGAUCAUCCCCUCUUCCUUUUGUUGAAUUCCAAGGGUACUGUAGUUAGCACUGCAUCAUGCAUACAGUUGCACAAGAGAGCAGAGAGAGUGGCAGUGGCACUGAUGGAGAAAGGACGGCUGAAUGUUGGUGACCAUGUGGCCCUGGUUUAUCCUCCAGGAGUAGACUUGAUAGCAACUUUCUAUGGCUGCUUAUAUGCUGGCUGUAUACCUAUCACCGUUCGCCCACCUCAUCCACAGAAUCUUGCUACCACUCUGCCCACUGUCAAAAUGAUUGUAGAGGUCAGUAAGUCUGCAUGUAUACUGACCACGCAAACGAUAAUGAAACUGCUGAAGUCCAAGGAAGCUGCAACAGCUGUAGAUAUUAAAACAUGGCCCACUAUUUUGGAUACAGAUGAUAUGCCUAAAAAGAAGCUGGCUAGUAUUUUCAGACCUACAUCUCCAGAUAUGUUGGCAUACUUGGACUUCAGUGUGUCUACUACUGGUAUAUUAGCAGGAGUAAAGAUGUCACAUGCAGCUACAAGUGCCUUAUGUCGCUCUAUAAAGCUACAGUGUGAGCUGUACCCUUCACGUCAGAUUGCCAUCUGCCUUGACCCUUAUUGUGGCUUGGGAUUUGCACUGUGGUGCUUGUGCAGUGUAUAUUCGGGUCAUCAGUCUAUUCUAGUCCCUCCUCUGGAACUGGAGAGCAAUGUGUCUCUGUGGUUGUCUGCUGUAAGUCAGUAUAAAGUGCGCGUCACGUUCUGCUCUUACUCUGUGAUGGAGAUGUGCACCAAAGGGCUUGGAACACAGACUGAUAUACUCCGGAUGAAAGGAGUUAACCUGUCCUGCGUGCGAACAUGCAUGGUGGUUGCAGAGGAGAGACCAAGGAUUACAUUAACACAGUCUUUCUCUAAGUUAUUCAAAGACCUGGGCCUUUCUGCUCGUGCAGUGAGCACUACAUUUGGGUGCAGGGUCAACGUAGCAAUUUGCUUACAGGGAACAGCAGGACCAGAUCCAACAACAGUCUACGUAGAUAUGAGAGCACUUCGACAUGACAGGGUGCGUUUGGUAGAGAGAGGUUCUCCACACAGCCUGCCGCUUAUGGAGUCUGGGAAGAUUCUUCCAGGGGUAAAGGUCAUCAUAGCGCACACAGAAACCAAGGGACCUCUGGGAGACUCACAUUUAGGAGAGAUAUGGGUGAGUAGUCCGCACAAUGCUACUGGUUACUACACAGUGUAUGGAGAAGAAGCACUGCACGCUGAUCACUUUACUGCUCGCUUGAGUUUUGGAGACACUCAGACCGUAUGGGCUCGGACUGGGUACCUUGGCUUUCUGCGCAGAACAGAACUUACUGAUGCUAGUGGAGAGAGGCAUGAUGCCCUAUAUGUGGUAGGCUCUUUGGAUGAAACACUGGAGCUCAGAGGAAUGAGGUACCAUCCCAUUGAUAUAGAGACCUCUGUAAUAAGAGCACAUAAGAGCAUCGCAGAAUGCGCUGUGUUUACAUGGACCAACUUGCUGGUGGUGGUUGUGGAAUUAGAAGGCUCAGAACAAGAAGCAUUGGACCUAGUCGCGCUGGUAACAAAUGUGGUUCUGGAAGAGCAUUAUCUCAUAGUAGGUGUUGUAGUCAUUGUGGACCCCGGUGUUAUUCCUAUCAAUUCCCGUGGUGAGAAACAACGAAUGCACCUGAGAGACGGAUUUUUAGCUGACCAGUUGGAUCCCAUUUAUGUUGCCUACAACAUGUGAAAACAGAAAAUCACAUCAAGGCUAAAGCACCAAAAUCAAGGGACUUUCCGAAUAAUAACAUCGGAAUCCAUUUUGUGUUUUUAAAAGCUGUUGAAGAUCUUAGGAAAAUGGAGAUACUAAUCUUCACAGACUGCAUCUCUCAGAUUGCAUUUGCUUUCAUAAAUCCAUUGUAACAGUUACAGCUGUCUUAGGAUGGAGAGUUUACUGGAACUCCUGAAGGAAACUUACUAGAAUAUCAUGGACCAAUGUUUUUUUACAAUAAUUAUGAAUGUCAGUACUUGAUGCACUGCAUAAAAGGACAUAAAGCGGGGUGGGGAGAGAACACCAGCUGUGAGGAGGACUCUUGGAAAUAAUACUGAAAAUCGUGAGUAACCGUUCGGAGUUCAUCCUCCAUGUGAUUGUUUGCAAUUAUUGGCAGUAUCUGGGUUAGGACGUAACUUUCAAGAUUGCACACAUCUCUACCAUAUGCUCUACUGUACUGAAAGGAAUUUUGCACAUAUUUGAGAUUUUAAAAUGCAACCUUUUUAUUUUAAAUCACUGACUCAUCCCUAUUCAGAAGAAACAAAUUCAUUCCAAUCCCAGAUUCACUGUAACAACAAUUAUGCUGCUGUUCAGCUUUUUUGUACCAAGCAAAAACAAAUACUGCAACAAGGUUACUUAUUGUGCCAUGCUAGACUCUGUAAUGCUAUAAGCUUUAUAAUAAAAUAUAAA